CUUGCUAGAUGAAGAGAUUACAUGUCCUCUGCAAUGCACCGCAACAGAUCACACGAAGCAAGGCUUAAACAUAUGGGGACAGAUGGGGAAAUUGCCCAUCAGAAGCAUGAACCGCAUUAUGCACAUGGUUAAUCCAGAGUUGAUUUAUUUCACCGCUAUUUUAUUUUACUAUCCUUCCGGUCUUAGAUUAAUCAUCGAGCGGCUACGUAGCCUUCAUUGCUCCGCCUUCGGUCCUCGAUUACUGCAGUUCAUCUGAAACAUUACGGAGGACACCCCUGCAUGGGGCAGUCUGCAAAACAAAGUAACUAGAAAGCUAAUUUUAAUCGCGACACAUCUGAUCUGGAUUUUUUUUUUUGCGGGGUUUAUGGAUGAAUUGCAAUAUGUAUUACUAAGCAGACCCUGACUGCAGUGCGACUCGUCUCGGCUGCUGCUUCCAGGUCAGCCCCGCAAUGUAUCAAACGUUACGGACGUGUUUGCUAUCAAAUGCCCGGUGCUGGGAUGCCGACAGCAAGAGGUCGUGCCAGGAUUUGUUUGAGAGGCUUGACACCAACAAAGAUGGGAAGGUGGACGUCGCUGAAUUACGAGCGGGCCUCAUGGAAAUGGGCAUAUUCCGCCAGGGUGCCGCACAGAAAAUAGUGUCGUCUGGGGAUCAGAACAAAGAUGGGAGUCUCGACUUAAACGAGUUCAGCAGAUAUAUGAAAGAGCACGAGAAGAAGCUGCUGCUGGCAUUCAAGAGUCUGGACAGGAACAACGAUGGACGCAUUGAUGUCUCAGAGAUCCAGCAGUCCCUUGCAGAGCUGGGCAUGGAUAUCAGCAAAGAGAAUGCCCUGAAAAUAUUACAGAGCAUGGACAAUGAUGGGACCAUGACGGUGGACUGGAACGAGUGGAGGGAACAUUUCCUGUUAUGCCCUGCUCACAACCUGGAAGAGAUCAUACACUACUGGAAACACUCCUCGGUGCUGGACAUAGGUGACAGCCUUGCCAUCCCGGAUGAAUUCACUGAGGAGGAGAAGAGCUCGGGUCACUGGUGGAAGCACCUGGCUGCGGGUGCAGUGGCGGGGGCCGUCUCUCGCACUGGCACUGCCCCUCUGGACAGAAUGAAAGUCUUUAUGCAGGUUCAUUCUUCUAAGACUAACCCAAUAAGCCUGGGAGGGGGCUUCAAGCAGAUGAUCACAGAGGGAGGUCUAACUUCACUGUGGAGGGGAAAUGGCAUCAACGUUUUAAAGAUUGCACCUGAGACGGCAAUCAAAUUCAUGGCAUACGAACAAUAUAAAAAGUUACUGUCAUCAGAGGGCAAGACGAUUGAGACACACAAGAGGUUUAUGGCUGGCUCUCUGGCUGGAGCCACAGCACAGACAGCCAUCUACCCGAUGGAGGUAUUGAAAACUAGACUGACCCUGAGGAAAACUGGCCAGUAUUCAGGAAUGUUUGAUUGUGCCAAGAAGAUCCUGAGGAAGGAGGGUGUCAAGGCUUUCUACAAGGGCUACGUUCCAAACCUAGUGGGCAUCAUUCCCUACGCCGGGAUAGACCUUGCUGUUUAUGAGACUCUGAAGAACUUGUGGCUGUCGUACCACCCUGACUCCGCUAACCCUGGGGUUCUGGUGCUGGUGGCCUGCGGGACCAUGUCCAGUACCUGUGGCCAGCUGGCCAGCUAUCCACUUGCACUUGUGCGCACACGGAUGCAGGCACAAGCGUCCCUGGAUGCAUCAGACCAGUCCUCCAUGAGCAGUCUGAUGAAGAAGGUUGUAGCCAAAGAUGGCUUUUUCGGACUCUACCGGGGCAUCCUGCCAAACUUCAUGAAAGUCAUUCCCGCUGUCAGCAUUAGCUAUGUGGUUUACGAGUACAUGAAGACUGGCUUGGGGAUUUCCAAAUGAUGCAGCAAGCAAUUGGACAUUUACUUUAACUAUAUAUCUUACUACGGACUUAAAAAUGCCUGAAAUAUCUCCCAAGAAAACAGGCAGACGUUAAAACAUACAGAGCAUGACUUCCGCCAGCUGGCACAGCUGUCCAGUGGAUGGAAAACUGUAUGUAUUCCACUAAAGGUCUGUCAGUAGCUAAAGCAUUCAUCAUCUGUACUGAGCAUGCUUUAAUUGUUAUCCUGCUGUUACACAUAACACACUCCCAAAAUAUGUACACCACCCAAAACAUUAUUAGACAUAAAGAAAGUACUGUACUACAUACAAGCAAAAACAUGUUAUUCUUUAAAAAAUGCUGUUAACAAACCAAAACGUUAGCUCGAUGGGACAUGCUGUUUUGCUUUUUGGUAACAGAAUAAAUAUUUUUUAAGAGAAAGCUGAAGCUUAUCCAAUGGGGAUGCACAGCAUCGGAAAUCAUCUUAUUUAAAGUAAAAUGACACUACAAUAGAUAGCAGCUGUCAACAAAAAAUAACUGGACCUGAAAAAUCAAUAACUUGUUUACACUGGAAUACUGUGUGCCUGAAGAAAAAUGCAAUGUGAAAAUCACUAAUUCUGUGUGUUAUUUGAUAAUCAUUUAAAUGUGCCUUAGAGCCAAUCAAUGUGAACUCUUUAACAUCAACAGAUGUGCUUUUUUACUAUGCAUAUUGUGUGCGUGUGUGAGAAACUAUUUAUGGAUUUUUAUGAUGGUAACAGUUAUAACUGGUCAUUGGACUAAAAUACUAGCAGGGAGCAUGUUUUUUGUCUGGUGUCGCUUCUCAUUUCAACACAUCCAUCUCCAAACAGACCCACACACACCUACAACUGGAUAACCUUUAACAUUGUGUUAAAGCCAAAUGGUGGCGUGACAUUUGUAUCUACCCUGUAUGAUGAAAACCAGUCCAAUGUCUUUAUUAUAAGUAACAUUAAGUGGAUUUUAGGAAACUAAAACAGGUUUUGACUCAAUAGUCAAUAACACUUAGAAGUUUAGCAUGGUCUUUAAGGCUUAAAGGUGAAACACAUGGAUGCAUUUCUAUGCAAAACUGAAAAUUUGGCUCAGGAGAUUGUAAGUAACCCAGAUUGUGAUAGUAUUUUCCUUUUCUUUUAUCAUCUUAACUUUGGUAGUACUUUAUUAGAAUUUUUCUAAUAGCUAGCUGGCCUAAUAAAAAGGAGUCAGCAAUA